AUGUCCAGAGUCACAUCCUGCCUAGCCUCCCCAAGGGCCAAAGUCAAACAAAGCUGCUGCUAAUGCUCGCUUCUACUGUUUUGCAUAGUGCCAUUACCAGUAGUGCAGUACCUGUCAGCUUGUCCUGGUGUCACGAGCCGUCCUUGACUGAGCGCCUGUGCGCGUCGUUUGAGCUGCUGUCGACGUCGCAAGGCCGCCUGCUGUUUCAACUAACUACUUUCAAUCUAAUGGGAUUUACUGCACCUCCACCCUGUUGGGACUGGCUUGAAAAUGAAAUGACCUCGGCGCUUCAGACUUCAGUUUCAAACGGUUGCCUUCUCUGUCACAGUAGCAGGCUGCAGACAAUCCUGUUUGGAAACUGAGCGCUCGCUGUGAGCGGCCUGUGUACCAGGUAUACUCCGGAUAAGCUGGACCAACUCCUGUGCGCUGGAUCAUGGAGCAAGCAGAGUGGGGAAGGCAUCGGCCAUUGAGCGUCACACCGGAGCCGGAGCCAGAGCCCUCUGGAACACCACGACCAUCACUGUUUGCACUGGCAGCAGACGAGGCUACUGGAAAUGGAGAUGCUCCGCCUGCACGGCCAGUGCCGGCUGGUGAAGCAACAGAGACCAUCGCUGCGGCCCAGCUCCAGAGCAGCCAGGGCUCUGUGCAGCAGCAGGCUGAACAGUCCACCACCACCACGACGGCACACAAUCAGGGGAGAAGUACACCACCUUGCGAGGACGAUGGUGCGUAUGAGGACGUGGAUUUCACCGUCGAAGGUUCCGGACCGACACCAAAGUAUAUGGCACUGCGUAUCUUCAAGGUGGUUAUGAUCGGGGACAGUGGAGCGGGCAAGACCACUUUCAUCCAGCGACUCUGCAAGGGCUCCGUGGACCCGUCCACUCGCACAACAGUUGGAGUGGACUAUUUCUCGAAGCAAGUCCGGGUUGAUAAUCAAGAAACGUCACUCAAGAUCUGGGACACGGCUGGAACAGAAAAGUACCGUGCUAUUUCCCGGUCCUUUCUGCGUGAUGCCGAUGCUGUCAUCCUCAUGUAUGAUGUUACGAGCAGCACAUCAUUUACCAGUGUGCAUUCGUGGAUGGUAGAUGUGCAGGAAAAAGCCAGGCCGAGUGUGGUUGUUAUGGUAACUGGUAACAAGAUUGAUGUGGCUCCAGACGGCAGCUCGAGCAAGACCGUGCCGCAGGAUGUUGGCUCGAGUGUUGCCGAGUCCUACAAUGCUCUUUUUGCGGAGAUCAGUGCUUUGCAGGGAGACGGUGUUCAAGCCUGCUGUGUUUCUCUUGCACGGGCGCUUCAUAAAGCAGAAGAUGAGGAGCUGAGCAAAACAAGACAACUGGCCGAGAACAUUGCAGAGGGAAGAGAUACAUGUGCUUCCACACAACUAGACACCGAGCCGUCUCAACCAAAACCCUCCGGUUGCUGUACGUAACUUUACCAAGGGACUACGGGUAGUUUUGAAACAUACCUGCCGAAUUCACCGUUUCGUUCAGCUGAUUCUGACAUAGGAAGGAGCUCAUUUAAAAAAAAGAUACUUCAGCUUUAAACAUAGUCACAUGCAGCCGUAUACCUGGUCUCAACAUUUACAGUCUCAAUUGUCAAACAAAUAAUCCUGCGGAAUAUGCCCAAGCACCACUUCUGUACGCCAUUUUAAAACCUAUCCAACUAGGUUUCUUUGAACUUUGAUUUCAUCGCAUGCUCACCAGCUCACCUCUUGCACUAUGGACAUUGUCUCCCUGCUGCACCGUAUUGGAAGCCGAAUUCGUGCAAGUGACAAUGAACUGACCCUAACAAUCUGAGCACGAGUGUCUUUCCGUUUUCUUGCAUUCCUUUUCUUUCUUACAGUUUUGAUGCUGUGUAUAUUUAACUUCACGUGUUGUUCGCAAGCGCCUUUCUUACUUUUCUGGCAUCCUUGAAGAUGUACCACUAGUAAAUCCUGUCAGAUCUAAGGCGACAGGUUUACUUGUAGGCCCUACGCUUUGCGGUAGAUGAGCCGAUCAGACCUAUAUCGCCGGGCUGUUGAAUACUCACUCCUGCCAAGAA